ACCUCAUCCUAACAUUUUCAUGGAGAUCACAACCCCCCUGCAAGGAGAGCAGCACCGCGGCUCGCUUGACCGGAGACCUUUGCAUCAAAAUGCUGAUAGUUGAAAAAACAACUGACUACCCUUCCGCUGAGUACUCUCUGGUGGAGGAUGUAGCCCUCCACUUCACGCAUUUGAUGGACAGACUGAACGAGCAGCGCCUGUUUCAACCAGACCUGUGCGACGUCGACAUUGUCCUGGUGCAACAGAAGAGCGUCUUCCCGGCCCAUAAGGGGGUGCUUGCGGCCUACAGCCAGUUCUUCCACUCCCUCUUCACCCAGAACAAGCAGCUCCAACGGGUGGAGCUCUCCCUGGAGGCCCUGACCUCCCGAGGCCUCCAGCAGAUCCUGAAUUUCAUCUACACCUCCAAGCUCCUGGUCAAUGCAUGCACCGUGCAGGACGUCCUGAACGCGGCGGCCGUCUUGCAGAUGAGCAACGUCGCGUCCUCCUGCCAGGAGCUCAUCAACACCAGAUCCCUCAGCUUGGCCAUGGCGAGCAAUAUGGCGCUGCCUGCGGAUAACUGCGGCAAAAGCGUCCCGUCGCAGUACUACUGCGACAUCAAGCAAGAGAUGGAUCCCCCGCACCCCAAGAUCUACGCCCGGGAAGGGAACGAUCCAUAUUCUGUGCGAGUGGAGGACGGUGCGGCCUGUGGAGGCAACGAGAACCUCCCCGCUAUAGCCGGCAAGAAGUUUUACAAGGAGGAGAAAGAUGGCGGCCCGCCCGCCUGCAAGUUGGAGGGCGACGAGACGGAGGUGGAUCUGGAUGACCGGGGCUCUUACAACCGCGGCGAGCAGAUCAUUGUGGAGGUCAACCUCAACAACCAGACCCUCAACGUCUCCAAGGGGAUGGAGGGGAAAGCUUCUGGGGUCAACCCACCGACCACCAUCGCCACAGUGAUCGGCCGGCCGGACGGGGAAGGCCGCACUGGCGAGGAGGGCCGGGAGGCGGAAAAUGGAGAACGGGAGGAGGAAGAUGAUGACGCUGAAGUGGGGGAGGAGGAGGAGGAGGAAGAAGAAGAGCACACGGAAGAGGAAGAUGUUGAGGAGACCACGGAGGAGGAGGAGGAAGAGGAAGAAGAAGAGGAGGAGGAUGGGGAAGAAGUGGUGGCUGAGAUUAAAAGGGAGAAGGCGGGACAGCCCCAUAGGCCCAGCUGCUUACCCAAGGCUACCAAAUCUUCUGUAUCCACCAGGUCCCAGGAGACGGCCCCGGUGGUGGAGGCCAUGGAGGAGGUGGUGGGAGAGGGGGAGGGGGAAGCCAAGGCGGAAGGGGUGGACCAAAGAGGCCGGAAGAGGAAGAAGGAGCAGGACGGCCUGGGCCAGAAGGUGAAGCUGGAGGAGAAGCAGCACUACCCCUGCAAGAAGUGCCCCCGGGUUUUCAACAACCGCUGGUACCUGGAGAAGCACAUGAACGUCACCCACAGCCGCAUGCAGAUCUGCGACAAGUGCGGCAAGAGGUUUCUGCUGGAGAGCGAGCUGCUGCUGCACCACCAGACGGACUGCGAGAAGAACAUCCAGUGCAUAACUUGCGGGAAAGCGUUUAAGAAGCUGUGGUCCCUCCACGAGCACAACAAAAUCGUGCACGGCUACGCAGAGAAGAAGUUCUCCUGCGAGAUCUGCGAGAAGAAGUUCUACACCAUGGCGCACGUGCGGAAACACAUGGUUGCUCAUACCAAGGACAUGCCGUUCACCUGCGAAACUUGUGGGAAGUCCUUCAAGCGAAGCAUGUCGUUGAAGGUGCAUUCCCUCCAGCACUCGGGGGAGAAGCCAUUUAAAUGUGAGAAUUGCAACGAGCGGUUCCAGUACAAGUACCAGCUGCGCUCCCACAUGAGCAUCCACAUCGGACACAAGCAGUUCAUGUGCCAGUGGUGCGGAAAGGACUUCAACAUGAAGCAGUACUUUGACGAGCACAUGAAAACGCACACGGGCGAAAAGCCAUACAUCUGCGAGAUCUGCGGGAAGAGCUUCACCAGCCGCCCCAACAUGAAGCGCCACCGCCGGACGCACACGGGCGAGAAGCCCUACCCGUGCGACGUCUGCGGCCAGCGCUUCCGCUUCUCCAACAUGCUCAAGGCCCACAAGGAGAAGUGCUUCCGGGUCAGCAACCCCGCGGCCUCGGAGCCCCACGGCAUCGGCGAAGCGAACUCCCUCGGCCUGCCCGCUUCGCAGAGUGCCUGCUCGCCUCACUUGACGGCCGGGGUCCCGCUCCACUCGACGGCGCCUCAUCCCCACGCCCUCCCUUUGCCGCUCAUGCACGCGCACGCCCCGAGCCUCCCCCCUCCUCCUCUCUUGCCGCCUCCGCCUCCUCUCUUCUCCGGCAGCAGGGUGAACUUGAGCAACUAGGCCCCGCGGCGCAUAAAACUGGUCUCUCAUUCAGUAAGUGCCCACCAGGCGUCUCCGCCGCCAGCAUCACUGGCGGUCGGGGGGAAAGAGCUUGGCACGGGUGUUCGUGAUUUUCGUUUUCUUUUAACUUCGGAUGA